AUGCACGGUGCACCAGAUGGUCUGCUCUUUGCAAUCUAUUAUCCCAUCCUUGCAGCUAUCGGGGUCCCAGCUAACUUGGCAGUGAUUGUGAUCCUAUCCAGAGGAAGGUGCGGUCUCUCCAGAUGCAUCACUUACUACCUUGUAUCGCUGGCAGCGACAGACCUACUUGUCAUUAUUACAGCGGUUAUAUUGAACCGUAUUGUUGGAAUUUACUUCCCUUUCAGCGUUCUGUAUGUUACCCCAGUCUGUAGUGUCAAUUUUGUGCUAAUGAUUGGAAGCAGGGAUUGUUCUGUCUGGGCAACGGUCAUAUUCACUAUUGAUCGUUUUGUGGCCAUUUCUUGCCCAAAAUUGAAGACACGAUAUUGCACAGAGAAAGUAGCAGCUGUGGUUAUAGGGGCAGUUUGCGGAAUGAGCUGUUUCAAAAAUACAUUCCGGUAUUUCAUAUAUGAACCAUUAUAUACAGUCGGUAAUGUACCAUGGCAUUGCAAAAUUAAGUCCACAUUUUAUAAUUCACCUGUAUGGGUUGCAUAUCAUUGGAUUGAUAGCAUUUCAACCCCUUGUCUCCCAUUCGUUUUGAUCUUACUGCUCAAUGCUGUGACUGUCAGACAAAUUCUAAAGGCCAUUCGAACUCGCAAAAGACUCCUUGUUGGCAAACAGGCGGAAAAUCUGAAUGACACAGAGGUGAACAAUCGGAGAAAGUCCAUCAUCCUGCUGUUCUGUAUCUCGGGCAGUUUCAUCCUGUUAUGGCUGCUAUUUGUGUUAACAUUUCUCUACGUCCGAAUUAAAAACGUUCGUUAUUUCUCGGGUUCCAAUUACAAUGAGUCCAAUUUCAACCUGGAAGAAAGUGGGUAUAUGCUUCAGAUCUUAAGUUCCUGUAUAAACCCAUUUGUUUAUGCAGGGACCCAGAGUAAGUUCAGACAUGAGUUAAGAAGUGGCAUUAAAUUUUCAAUCAAUUUCAUUGCAAAAAUGUUUAAAUCUUGA